CACAACACUAUUGUGUACGUGUAUCUCUGUGACUUGUGCUCUCAGCAAAAUGUUUAUCGGUUAUUUUGGGAGCGAAUCAGGCUGAACAAUCCCAACUGAACAGUUGGAUUGCCGGCAAGCUGAAGUCGCGUCCUAAGUAUUUCGCAACAAAUGUGUUUUCAUUUAUUCCCAUCAUCCGUUGAGUGAAUGCAACUUAGAAGGAAAGGUUUCCAGUUCCUUCUUUGACUUUACGGAAUCAAUUUGGGAUGGAGAGGAAUCAGGCGAAGACCAAGGGCCCCAAAUACACCAUUGUGGGUCCAGGAACCAUCCACUCGCACCGUGACUACAAUGUGGCAGUCGCUGUGCAUCACAUCACGGAGCCUGUGACCCUGAGGGUGGGAAUCUCAGGGCCCUCCUACACAGACACCCGGACCGUGGAGUUUUCCAGUUCUGAUGGGGUCCAGCAGAUCACCUUCAAGCUGCCACCCCUCGAGUCGGGAGCCUACAACCUAACUGCCGAGGGUGUCAGGGGGCUGGAGUUCAAGGACUCCACCAAGUUGUCAUGGGAAUGCAUCAAGCCGUACAUCAGAAUCCAGACCGACAAGGGGCACUACAAGCCCGGCGAUACGGUCAACUACCGUGUGAUCUUCCUCAACGAGAACCUGCUGCCCGCACAGGUCGAGGAUGAAGUGGUGGUCUGGUUUGAGGACUCCAAGAGGAAUUGCUUCAAGCAAGAGAGGCACAUCAAGGCCGCCGGUGAAGUGCUCGCUGGCAAGUUCGAGCUCUCCGAGUUUGCCUUGCUGGGAACUUGGUCCCUGGUGGUAACGCAUGGCCAUUAUGAACGUCGGAGCGGUGAGAGAACCACGUUCGAAGUGGAGAAGUAUGUGCUGCCCAAGUACACCGUCAAAUUGGAUGCUCCGAGGCGUUUUUCACUGAGAGACGGCGAAUUAAACGUGUUCCUGAAGGCCAGCUAUACUUAUGGAAAGCCUGUGAAUGGCAAGGUUUUGGUAAAUGUGCACAUGCCCGAGUACAGUAUUCGGGGUGCCAAAAUGGGGCGCCAGGACUUUCCAAGACACUCUGUUAUUGGCACUGCCGAUAUGGUCAAUGGCAAGGCCAAGCUGAGCAUGGACCUCAAGGAGCUGGCCAGCUUUGUGACGAACAAAAAGCAGUUUUAUUAUGCAAAAAUCAGGGCCCUUGUCGUGGAGCGCUUCACCGGUGUAAGGCUCAGCCAAUCGUGUGACGUCCAACUGCAUCCUUGUCGCUACAGGAUGUCCACCUUGGACUAUCGCAACUCCCUCUUCGAACCCGACAAGGAACACGAAGUAGCCUGCAAGAUAACACUCAUCGAUGGCACGCUGGUCGCGGACACUAAGUCGGUGGUGAAGGCAACAUUUACCGAGGGAAAUUACAUCAACCACAGGUAUGGAGAGAAGCAUACGGUUCCAGAUCCCUCCAAGAUUGAGAAGAAAACGUUGGUGUUCGAGGCCCAUUUGAAUGAGUCGGGAGUGGCCACUUUCCAGGUGACCCUGCCCGAUUUGCCAGACAUUUUCAACAUCACUCGCUACUACUCAAUGGAGCUGCAGUUUGACGACGAGACCUCCGAGCUCCUCAAUAUUUACCCCUGUAGGGCGAAGAACAAAAAUCCCAGCGAAGUAAAAGAAGUCAAGGAAGAAAAGGAGUGGUUCAGGGCCAAGGUGCAGUUGCCCAAGGACAGUCGGCUCCUAAAGAUAGGGCAGGAGUAUCAAGUUACCCUCGAAUCCAGUCGCCCGCUGCAACACUUUGUGUACAACAUCGUCGGGCGCGGAAACGUCCUGGAAACGAAGCGCGUCGAGCUGGACGAGCCCCAAAACACCGCCAGUGUCACCCUGAAGCCCACUUUUCUAACUGCUCCCCGUGGUUGUCUGUACUUCUACUAUGUGGACGAAACUGGUGAACUUCGUUACACGGAGGAGGCAUUCUGCGUGAAAGUGGAGCUGCAAAACAAGAUCGAAAUCGAGGCCCCUGAGGAGGUGAAGCCAGGUGCCGAAGUGGAUCUGAUGAUCAAGACGGCGCCAAAGUCCUUCGUUGGCCUGCUGGCCGUCGAUCAGAGUGUGCUCAUGCUGGGCGGGAACAACGCUUUGGACAAGGACCACUGGAGCUCUCGGCUGGGGAGUUACAAUACGACUACUCCCUGGCAGGGAGGAUACUCAGCGUUUCCCGGGGCACGCACUGGCGUGGUAACGAUGACCAAUGCCUACUUCUUCUACGAUCUCACCCCUCCCCGAUGGCAUAUGCAACAGCAACAGCAACUUAUUCCAUUUGGAGGCGACAGCACGGUGAGGAUGUCAGAAGAGGGAAAGGAGCAACCAGCACCGUCCCCUGUCGUGCGAAAAAACUUUGGGGAGACUUGGAUUUUCGACGAUAUUGAGAGCACGGAGCAGGAGGUCUUCAAGUGGGCGAAGACCAUUCCCGACACGAUCACCAACUGGGUGCUAACAGGCUUCUCGCUGCACCCCGAGAAGGGAUUGGGUGUCACGGACGAGCGGGUGAACAUCAGGACAUUCCAGCCCUUCUUCGUCUCCAUUCGCCUGCCCUUCUCAGUGAAACGCGGUGAGGCUAUCAGCGUGCCAGCUCUGGUCUUUAACUAUCUGCAGAAGGAUCUGGAUGUUGAACUGACCCUAGUCAACGAGGACGAUGAGUUCGACUUUGUGGAUGCCUGCAAUGAGGUUAUUGGCAGCCAGAAGCGUACGCUGAAAAUCCGAGUGGCUUCGGACGCGGCGGGAGGUGCCUCAUUCCUGAUCCGACCCAAGGUCAUUGGCAAUAUUCUGCUGAAAUUCAAUGCCAUCUCACCGCUGGCCGGCGAUGCCGUGCACAAAACGCUUAGGGUGAUUCCCGAAGGCAUCACCCAGUACCAGAACAGGGCCUUCCUUGUCAAUCUCAAGGAUGCGGGUGAAUUUAGGAAAACUUUCGACUUGAGGUUCCCCGAAGAAGUAGUACCCGGUUCGGAACGCGUGGUAUUCGUACUGGUGGGUGAGCUCCUCGGUCUGGUGGUGAAGAACCUGAAGAACCUACUGCGAUUGCCCAGCGGUUGUGGCGAGCAGACCAUGUCCAAGCUGGUGCCCAACCAUCUGAUCCGAGACUACCUGAAGAAUGGCAAGAAGCUGACGCCUGCUGUGGACGCCCACAUCAAUAGGAACCUACUGAUGGGCUAUCAGAAUAUGUUGCACUAUCGCCACGGCGACGGCAGCUUCAGUUCCUUCGGGCCCGGCAAGUGGAGAAGGGAGGCUAAGGACCGCUCGGGCUCAACCUGGCUGACUGCUUAUGUCCUGCGUACGUUCAGCCAGAUCCGGGAUAUCGUUGAUGUGGAUGAAGAGCUUUUGGCCAAGGGCUAUGGGUUCCUGCUCACUCGCCAGGCGGAAAACGGUAGCUUCCGGGAAGAGGGAGAGUACUUCUACAGCUCCCAGCGAUCUCCACUGACCAUCACCGCAAACUGCCUUCUGGCGCUGCUGGAGCAAGAGAGACCCAACCAGGCGGCCAUCGACAAGGCGGUGUCCUAUCUCAGCGCCAAUACGGCGGAGUCCCCGGAGCUCUUGCCCAAGUUCAUUGCUAUAUACGCUCUGCAAAGGGCCAAGGCUCCAGACGCCGCCAAGCUGGUGGCCAAUCUCGAAUCCCUGGCCCUAAGGGAGAGGAACCGCACCUGGUGGACUGAAAAACCGGAGAAGCCUCGCGCUAUCGGUUGCGUUCGGAGCCGGGACGUGGAGAUCACCUCGUAUGCUUUGCUUUCCCUCCUGGAAUCAGAGCGGGAAACACCGCCGGCCGACACCGUUGUCAACACGGUUCGCUGGCUGGUGGCCCAGCAGAACAGCUUCGGAGGAUUCGCCUCCAGCCAGGACACCGUGGUGGGUCUCGCCGCCCUGAUUAGGUUCGCCCAGCGGCCAAGCUUUGAGGCACCCAAGUGGGAGGUGAGCGUCUCCAGCAGGGGCCAGGGCGAGAAGACCGAGAGGCUCUCUAUAUCGGAGAAGAAUGUUCUGGUGCCCCAAUCUGUUGAGUUCCCGUUGGGCACCAAGUCCUUGGAGAUCGAGGCCAAGGGCACAGGCGCUGCGCUCGUCCAGAUCAGCUAUCAGUAUAAUGUGCUGGACAAGGAGCCGAAGCGCAGUUUUAAGGUUGAGACCACCGUCCUGCCCGGGACUUCGCCGGCCAAACUAAGGUUGGGCGUUUUCGUGGACUUCGUGGAAAAGGGCCACGCCAACGAGUCGAAUAUGGCCAUUCUGGAGGUUUCCCUGCCUUCCGGCUACACCGCCGACGGGGAAAGCUUCAAGGGCAUCCGAGAGAUCGAGCGUGUGCGGUUGGUGGAGACCAGGAAUGAUGACUCCGUGGUGGUUGUCUACUUCGAGAACCUGGCCAAGAACGACAGCAAAUGCAUUCCCAUCGAGGCCUUCAGGACACAUUUGGUGGCCAACCAGAAGCCAUCCUCCGUGAUCCUGUACGACUACUAUGACACGGACAAGAAGGCCACCGAAUUCUACUCCAUCGACUCAAAGCUGGGGGAUAGUGACGGUCCAACCCAAAAGGCAUAAUUGUUCAAACCCACUCGAACCAAAAGUACUCUCUGUCUUACCUCAAAUAAUAAUAUAAUAGAUGUUA